UUGCGGUGUCGGAACGGAGAAAAAAAUCAGGUCGCGGAAGGUGCGACUGCAGGAGAGGAAUAGCGCACGUGGCACUCGAUUCCCCCGCAGAAGCCAUGGCCACGUACCCAAGCUCUGUGGCGGACUAUGAUGAGUGGCCAUCCCGAUGUGGCUACUGCUCGCGGCCAGGCCGGACGAAUUUGUCGUGUAGCCUGAGAGCGCUGACACUUCGGACCGAUGACUACGAAGAAUUUUUGAACAGGGGAUGGAGGAGAUCUGGGAAUCUGUUAUAUAAACCGGUAAUGCAUCUCACUUGCUGUCCUCUGUACACGAUACGAGUGCAUGCCUGGGAUUUUUGUCCCUCUAAGGAGCAAAUGCGGGUUCGCUCCAAGAUGGAAAGAUAUUUAAGGGGAGAUUACGUGCCGCGCCCAAGUCAUCAGGGCGAACAAGAGGGUCAAGCAGUUGGGGUUGAGUCCUCUGAUAAUAAUGCAGCAAAUGGAAUGUUGAUGGACAGAAAACCAAAGCAAGCAAGUAAUGUAUUGCAGGGGAAGGGCAGCAGGCAGUCAUCAAAGGGCAAUGUAAAGGAGGUGCGGGUUGUGAAUGAAACUCAAGAGGCUUUACAGAAUGCCUUGGAGAGGGCUGUUGCAAGGUGUGUGGAGAGCAGAGACUUGCCUGAUGGACUCCAAAUCCAAAACCUUAAGAUAUUGGUCCGGGAACCUAUAGCCCGUCUGAAGUCACAGAUGAAGAAGGAUAAAGUAACAGUGGAGUACACGUGCAAUGUGGCGUUUCAAAUUGUGGCCAUUGCCAAGAAUUUGGGGCUUGCUGACCUGGAGAAGAUGACAUCAGAAAAAGUUGCUGAACUUGUAGUGAAGAGGCUGAAGGAGGAAGUGGUGAUGGGAGGAGGGGGAGAAAGGAAUCCACCAAUCGAUGUCUCUGCUACCGAGGCAAACAAGGGUCACAUAAAUUUUUACAAGCGGAUAGAGGCCGAGAAGGAGAAGGAUAAGCCAUUAUGCCAGGAUGGCACGUUAUCUCGAGGAGGUGUUAUUGAUUCCACUGUGUCGCAGAUAGAGCUGGGAAGGGAAGAAUCGCUGGUGUCGGAGAAAAGAGCUUGUCAAGACAACUGCCAGCGAGAAGACAGGAUGGAUGUUGCUAUGGCAGAAGCAAGUGGGAGGCAGGGUGGCUCGGUGCAAGGCUGCACAGGACGCGGCAGAGUAAAGACCCUUCAGGUGACAAUGGCCAGAUCAACUUUCAUCCAAGAGGAGUUCGAACUUUACCAGAGAUACCAGACCCAAGUUCAUGAUGAUCCGCUGGAUGAGGUGACAGUUGAUAGCUAUUGCCGGUUUCUGGUGGAUUCCCCGUUAUUGCCUGUGGAACAGUCUACAUCUGCAGAUGUACCAUCGUGUGGUUUGGGAGCCUUUCAUCAACAGUAUCGCAUAGACGGAAGACUCGUAGCUGUUGGAGUGGUGGAUAUUUUGCCUAGGUGCCUUUCUAGCAAGUACCUUUUUUGGGAUCCUGAUUUUGCCUUCCUUUCCUUAGGGAAGUAUUCGGUCCUGCAAGAAAUUGAUUUUGUGAAGAGAAUGAGCCAAUCCUGUCCUGCAUUUCAGUACUACUAUUUAGGUAGCAAAACAAUUGGUUUGGUAGAACCUUGCAUGGUGGGUAGUUUAUCUGGGGCGGAUGCCUUAUCUGGGGCGCUUACACAGUAAUGCUAAAGGCAAAUUUGGCUAUAUGCUGAAACCUAGCUAAGUAUCCAGUAAUGAAUGCGUCGGUGCGGA